AUGGGUUUUUUUACUGCUUUACCUAGUAAUAACCCUGAGGAGGACGAUAUGCUCCUGUACGCAAACGACGUCACUGCUGAAGGCAAUGAUGCUGUCACUGAUUUAACUACAAACACGACAUUAGAACGUUCUGUUAUCUUAAUCGAUACAGAUUCUGAAAAACCGGCAAACAUGACUAAUGAAACACAGAUUAUCUCGUCACUUGUCCUGGCCUGGCACUUGUCACAAAUUCUAUUUUCUCUGCAGAUGGGUUUUUUUACUGCUUUACCUAGUAAUAACCCUGAGGAGGACGAUAUGCUCCUGUACGCUGACGACGUCACUGCUGAAGGCAAUGAUGCUGUCACUGAGUUAACUACAAACAAGACAUUAGAACGUUCUGUUAUCUUAAUUGAUACAGAUUCUGAUGAAAAACCGGCAAACUUGAGUUAUGAAACUCAAAUUAUCUCGUCACCUAGCAUCCUCUCUGGCGAUAGCUCCAGGGCAGGUGAACGGAUCAACAAAAGGAUGUACAGAUGCAGGAAAUGUGGAAAAAGCAAAAAGGGCCACGUCUGCUUGAUGGAUUCCUAUACAAGCUCAGAGGAUAGCGUGGUUAUGGAUGAACCGAGUGAAGGUUCGCGUAAGGCUUCCAAUAGGCAAAACCUCACUCGUUUAGCCCAAAGAGUUGAUGAUGAUAAUUCUUCUGAUCCUGACUGGGUUGCCUCGAGAAGAAUCGAUGGAUCAUCGAUACGAACUUCGCCGAGACUGUUCGCGCAGAAGAGGACAGUUUCCACAAUUGUAACUGAAACCGAGGAAAAGGAACUCCAAACCAUACCAAAGAAAGCUAGGAAGGUUUACGAGUGCCGCUACUGUCAUGUACCUCUAAAGGGACACAAGUGUCCACACAAGCUCAUCAUCAACCGACAAAUACGACAAGAGUUCAACUGGUUGAUAAAAAAUGAAGUUCAUAAAGUAUUCAACCAGUUAAAGGAAGUUCUUGAGGCCGCUGCCCGUCGUUAUCCUGUUGAAAUAGCAGAAGUUGAUACACAAGUGAGGCAGGAAAAAUAUGUCAUGGCUACAUCAACACAAACAUCCCAGGAUCAGUUAAAAUGCAUCUUGACAAUAACUGGUGACAGCAUUACAUCUGCAGACAUGACAUUGAAACUUCAUAAACAUCCAAAUGUGGUUUAUCAUACAACUAUUGCAGCAGAAUCCCCAUGGCGUCUCCAGCAAAUCCAAGAUUCAGGAAACUAUUUAAGGAUGGCUUUGUCAAGUCUGUCCUUAAUUCCUGAUGAGUUAGAAUAUAUAUCUGCUGAAGAAGUAUUGAAUGAUCUUGAUUUGGUCUUGGGCAAAGUUAAUCGCGCCCGCAGCACUUUGGCUAUUCCUCGAAAAAGGACGAUUGAUGAACUGAUGAAUAGUAAAAAUAUGAAAACUUUAACACCUUCCCUGCCUAGUGACUUGGCUGUUAGUUUUUAUCUUCAAGCGCAUAAACUCAUUUUUGCGGUAUAUCACCUUACUCAAGCAGGAGGCACCGUGAAGUUCGAAACUUUACAGUCAGAAAGCCCCGUAACUUGGCUUAACGAAGUUCUGGUAUUAUUGAGUGUAGCGCUUCAACGCGCCCAACAACUGCGAGACAAAGUAUCAGUUUUCCUGCAGUACCAAAUCCACAAUGUGUCGUCAGUGGCGACACCAGUACCAUUAUUCUAAUAAUUUAGUUUCACGAAUUCGUUUAUUUCAUUUUUUCCGCUCCGUGUAUAGUAUUGUGUGCAUAGUUUUCGUUGCUGUACAACAAUACAGCAGUAGACAAACGU